AUGAUCACGUGUGGGAAACGAUGCAACUAUCCGAAACGAAUAACAGGUUGUCUCCAAGCAAAAAUUGCUUAUGACAAACUUGGGCAAAAAGAUGCAAUUCUCUGCGAUAAAUAUGGCAGCUACAAAGAUAUACAAUGUGAUGCACUGUAUUGCUGGUGCGUUUCUAAAACAGGUGUGGAACUGGAAGGAACUAAAGUGUUAAAUAAAGAAACACCAAACUGUCGAGCACGGCGAUUAUGCACGCCACGUCGUUGCCAAAUAAAAAAAGAUUGCGCAUACGGAUUUGAAACAGAUAGGAAUGGUUGCGCAACAUGUGACUGUUACAAUCCAUGUAAGGAUAUUAUUUGCCCAAAUAAAAGCGAAAUAUGUGUGCCUCAGGUAACGGAAUGUAUCGAAAGUUCAUGUCGUGCUGUACCAAAAUGUGUAGUAAACACCUGCCCACAAGAAUUGCCAGUUAUUGAUGAGAUUACUUUUGAACCGCUUUCGUGUAACAGUGACAGAGAGUGCACGUCGUUGAGUGCCUCAUCUUUUUGUUAUAUUUCUGCUGGUUAUUGCUGCUGGAAAUCCGAAAAAGCGCCGAAUCGAACAAAAGUAUCUGAAAUGGGUGAAUGUCCAUAUUUAAAUAAUAAUCCUUCAAGCUGCCUAAAAAACAAAACUGAUGAAUGUGUCGAGGAUGUUGACUGUGGUACGGUACAGAAGUGUUGCUCAAAUGGAUGUAAGAAAUCGUGCAUGUAUCCUGAGAUUUCCACAGCUUGCAUUCAUUUGUUGGGUGCUUCCGAAGCUUUUGAACCAGGCUCAUUUGUUCCACGAUGUGAUACAUCUGGUAAUUUCAAUCAAAUCCAAAAAUUAGGUCCCGUAUUUUGGUGUGUUGAUAGAUCGGGUCGUGAGUUGCGCGGAACACGAACUUCCCAUCCACAUCUUAAUUGUGAUCUGCCUCGGUCAUGUCCGCUGUUAAACUGCCAAUUGAAUUGCUCUUUAGGUUAUGAAAAGAAUCAAAAUGGUUGUGAUCAAUGCCGUUGUCAUGAUCCAUGCAAAAAUGUUCAAUGUCCAUUAACACACGUUUGUAGACUGAUUGAUGUCAAAUGUCGGUUUGGAAGCUGUGAUCCGAUACCUAAAUGUAUAUUAAAUGUUUGCCCGAAAGGUGAGCCGUUAACGCUGCCCAAUGUGCGUAGGCUCGUACUUUGCAAUACCAAAGAAGAUCGCCAUUGUCCACUAGGCUAUUUCUGCCACCAAACUGGUAUUCCGCUACCAUUUUCAUCAUCAUAUUGCUGCGCAGGAAACGAAGUUUCAUUAGCUGUAUGUCCAAUAACAUUUGAAUGCCGACCUACUCUUUCCAAAAAGUGUAGGAUAAGAUGCCAUACACAUAACGAUUGCUUAUAUGGAAAAUGCUGUUUCAACGGAUGUGGAACAUCCUGCGUGGAUUCACGAGCAAAAGAAAUGGACCAAGAUACCGUUUUAGACUUUUCGAAAGCAGUAUUUUCUAGAGGUGGUGAUGGAAUUCACAUUUUAACGUACAAGCAACAAAAGUCUGAUAGAGAAUUCGAAAAGUUGCAAGAAUGUUCAAUGGAUGUUAUCUCGGAUCCAAGCUGUAAGAUUAACUGCCUAAAAGAUAGCGAUUGUCCAGACUUUCAGAAAUGUUGUACUAAAGGUUGCAGCAAUUUAUGCGCUUUUCCACAGACUACCACCGCUUGUAUUCAUACAUUGGCUUCUUAUACCAAUAAGAAUAAAAAGGUAUCUUCCAACGGACCACGUAUCACUUGUAAUGAAGAUGGAACAUUCAAAAAAAUUCAAUGCGAUCAACAAAUCAGGCAAUGUUGGUGCGUCAAUACGGAGACCGGUGAAGAAAUGCUUGGCACUAGAGUCAUAGCUGCUACUGCUAAACCGAACUCACCAAUCGCUUGUUCAACCGUAUGUGAUCAAAUGAGAUGUGAACACGGUCCGCGAUUAGAUACAAAUGGUUGCCCACUGAAUAACUUUUGCGAAUGUAAGAAUCCAUGCGAAGAGAUAAAGUGUGCCAGAGAAGAAGAUAUAUGUGUGUUGAUGCCGGUCAGAUGCAUUACUUCAUCUUGCCCUUCUCUACCACAAUGUAAAUCAAAUCCUUGCUCAAAACGUUCGGAAGUUUUGCGGGACAAAAAUAAUAACGUAUUUUCAUGCGUAAAAAAUGAUGACUGCGCUGCAGGCUCCUGUAAUUUAUUACCGGAUGAGCAAAAACAUGGAAUUUGUUGUACAUCAGAUUGUAGCUUGGAAUGUUCCAAUGAUUCAGCAUGUCCUGAAGUACAGUUAUGUUGUGAUUAUGGUUGUAGCAAAAUUUGUAUUAUUCCAGAAGUUGUAACAAAUUGUAUCUUACUACGUGAUUCGAUCACUAAACUUAUUGAUUCCGGCGCUGUUGUCGAUCUGCAUAUACCUUGGUGUAACAAACAUACGGGUAUGUUUGAAACAGUUCAGUGUGAUGAUCUCAGUGAUUGUUGGUGUGUGAAUGCGGUGACUGGGGCUGUAAUGCAUGGUUCAAGAAGUUCAAGGAUGAAAUUGCUCGAUUCAUCUCUUAUAUUUGCAUACGAUGUUUGCUCUAAUAAAAAAAGCUGCUCAAUUAGCUGCAACGAUGCGAUUUGUCCAUUAGGUUUUGAAAUGGACGUAAAUAAUUGCCCAAAAGAUAUUCACUGCCGUUGCCGCAAUUUAUGUGAUGCGAUACAGUGUCCCGAUGAUAAAGUUUGCAUGUUGAGGCGGAAAAAUUGUUCUGAAUCCACUUGUAUUCCUGUACCAUCAUGUGAAGAAAAUCCAUGCAGUGAUAUCAGUAAGCCAGCACUGGAUGAAACAACUUAUAUUCACUUUUCUUGUUCUGAGAAUCACACUGAAAUAUGUCCUCCUGGUUAUUACUGCACAGGUUAUGAUGCGUCUAUGCAAGGAGUUUGCUGCCCAAGAAUAAAAACAAAAGAAGAGAGGAGUAAUAUGAUAAGCUGUCCUCAUGGUAAUCCAUUUUCAAACAAAGCUGAUGGGUGGCCAGUAAAUUGUACUCAGUCGGGAAAUGACUGUCCUUCUACACAUUACUGUUUCUCAACACCUGAUCAGUCGUUUGGUGUUUGCUGUGUGUCUAAACGAUAUGUUUGUCGCUUAUCGCUGGAUGCUGGACCUUGUGCGGUUAACCUUAAGCGAUACUAUUAUGAUUACACAAAUAAAACUUGCAUUUCAUUUAACUACAGUGGUUGCUCCGGAAAUUCAAAUAACUUCAUCAAUAGAAAAGAUUGUGAAAAAUUCUGCUUGGACAUGGAUGUUAAUCUUAAUGGUUUCUUUACUGAUACUGGCAGAGUGAUUGAAACUUAUCAGCUGAGGUUUUCCCUCACAGGACCUUUGUUUCGUGGAAAGCAUCAACAAGAUAUAAACGAAGCAUUUCGUGAGUACAUAAAAAAAAGAUUCGAUGUCGAUGAUGACAAAUUGAGAGAUAUUGUUAUUCGUGAUGAUAAUAUGGUACAGUUUGUUUUGAAAAGUGAAGAUGCUAAGUCAAAAGCAGCUGAUAUCUCCGGUGUGUUAUAUUCACUUGAAAUUUUACAAGAUCAGGUCAGUGAUGGCUCUUUUCGGUUCACCUACAAUGGCGAUAUUUAUCGGGCAGAACCACAUUCUUGGACUAGUCAUCGUAUUGCAGAAAAGAAAGCGUUGCGUGAAAAGAUAUUAUGUGGUAAACGUUUCUUGUAUAAAGAAAGCAGAAAAAAUAAGUCGUCAUCGAGAGGUAUCCCACCCUCUCAGUAUGCAGCUCGUAUGAGUUAUGCAACACCGACAGCGAUUGCGAGCACUCCGAACAGCGGUAUUUCUUCGGAACGUUUCGAACAACUGAUGGAAUCAAAAAACGGCCAUUAUUAUCGACAAACAGUGAAAGCGCAUAGAGUUCUCCAAACAUCUGGUGGACAUCAACGAUGUCGUACCACAAUCUAUUACUAA